CACUUGACUUUAAUCCAUUGUAUUACCGGAUAGAGCCACCAUCGUGCUUGCCUCGUCCGAGAAAUUCAUACCAACAAUUGUAGCGAGGAGGAGCAACCCUCGACACUCAACCAAACGAUUCAUCGAAAUCAAUAGGUUUGCCCAGGAAACAAAUUAUAUCUACCUCAUCAUCAUAAGUAUCCAACAGAAGCUCCGACCAGAGUUACAGCAAACCGACAGGAUACACUAUGAAUCGUGCCCUCUCGAUCCGCUCCAAGAAGAGCACCGGCGAGUCGGGCUCCUCGUCCGGCUCGCGCGUGGGUUUCUCCCUGUCUUCGCUGCGCGGCUCCAUCCAGCCGGAGCUGGCUCGCAAGAUCUACAAGCUCAUCAAGACGACCAAUAACCUGGUCAGCGCGCACGAGACCGCCGGACGCGAGCGCGCCGCCAUCGCAACCCAGCUGUCUGAGUGGGGCGAGCAGACGGGCGACGAGGCCAUCAGCGACGUCAGUGACAAGGUUGGGGUUAUCAUGAGCGAGAUCGGCGAGCAGGAGGAUCAGUACGCGCACGCCAUCGACGACAGCCGGGCCGUCCUCAAGCAGAUCCGAAACACCGAAAAGAGCGUGCAACCAAGCCGGGACGGAAAGAGGAAGACUGCGGACGAGAUUGCGAAGCUCAAGAGCAAGGAGCCCGAGAGCACGAGGCUCGUUGUGCUGGAGCAGGAGCUGGUCAGGGCCGAGGCGGAGAAUCUCGUUGCCGAGGCCCAACUGACGAAUGUGAGCCGUCAAAAGUUGAAGGAGGCAUACGAUGCCGAAUUCCUCGCCACUAUCGAGCGGGCCGAGAAGCAGAUCAUCCUGGCUCGCCAUGGCCGUCGUCUCAUCCAGCUCCUCGACGACAGCCCCGUGGUCCCUGGAGACGGCCAACGUCCGUACCAGCACGCCGCGCAGGCACGCCAGAUACUGAACGACGCUGAAGAUGACCUCAAGGAUUGGCAGCCCGAGUCCGAUGAUCAGUACUUGGAGACAUCGCAACAGCAUGAGGGUGAAAGCCUGGACGACGAGAGGGUUCCAUCCAGUGUCGGCGGAGAGCAACAGCCACUCGCUCCAGCAGAAAAUACCGGCCAUGUGGUGGGCGAGGAUACCCCGACCGCUGGUCCGCAAGUCACCGCCACCGCAGCUUGAAGGGAGCACGACUGUCGUGUCGGAUAGCCCUGUGAGUAGCCUGGAUGGUUGGAGACAUCAUGGAAAUCUACUGCGACCGAAGCAACCCGGUUUGGCACUGUAAAGGUGGUUGGAUUCGGAUCGGUGAAAGCAAGCCGUGGUUGAUUGUACGUGUUCCAGUGGCAUACUAUUCACCUUGAGGGAAGAUUGUCUUGGAGGGCGUUCUAUUUUUACAAUGGACUGUCCUGUGCUGAACAAUUUGACUGGAAACAUUUUUAAUUCCGAUUGCGGUUCUUUGGAUGCUUUGUUCUUUAUAAUAUACAUGACUUGGUUACAAAUAGGGUAUCGAGUGACGCGAAACAAGCUAGCAAAUCCAAGAACGAGCCACAAC